GUCUUUUCUCCCGACCCUGUGCGCGAAUUUCGAGGCCACACAAACGACAUUUUGGACCUCUCCUGGUCCAAGGGCGGCUUUCUCCUCUCGGCCUCCAUGGACAAGACGGCACGUCUCUGGCACCUCUCCUGGCCCAACUCGCUUGUAUCCUUUGUCCACGGCGACUUUGUUACAUCUGCCUGCUUCCAUCCAAAGGACGAUCGCUUUUUCCUUUCGGGGUCUCUCGACGGAAAGCUCCGACUCUGGAACAUUUCGGCGAAAAAGGUGCAGAAGAGCCAAGAAGUGCCGGGCCUCAUCACGGCUACGGCCUUUACAAAGUCUGGCAAGACGGCCUGCGUCGGCACCUUUGCAGGCGCUGCACUCUUUUACAGCACCGACGAGCUGCAGUACACUUCGUCGAUUGCCGUGAGGUCUCCGUCUGGAAAGAAUGCAAAGGGCGGCCGAAAGAUUACGGCCAUCGAGCCCCUUUGCGGAGGGCUGGCCAAUCCCUCGCUGUCGAUUGCAGCUCAGCCAGGCGCGGGAGACCAGGGCGAGGACUCGAGAGUCGUCAUCACCUCCAACGACAGCCGGGUGAGAGCAUACGACGUGUCGCAAAAGAAGCUG